AUGAGCGGGAUAGGGGCCUGGAUAAACGAUGCCGCCCAUCAUGUACCACCCAGCGUCCAUUUGUACGGUAUCGAUCUCUAUCCCACCCAUUUUCCCGAGAGGCACCCAUCCAAUGUUCACUUCCUCGUGCAGUCCAUCUUCGACAUGCCAGCCGAAUGGUCAAACACAUUCACUCUAGCUAACCAACGCAUGCUCAUUGGAUCAUUUCUCCCGGGCGACUGGAGAAAAUCUGCACGCGAGACAUUCCGCGUGCUCAAGCCGGGCGGGUACGUGCAGAUGCUUGAGCUGGACGCACGCAUCCACCAGGUGCUUGCCCUGGGACCGCGCUCGAGACGACUGGAGGGAGUUAUCAAUGCAAUAUGGCGAGAGCGAGGGAUGUUGACGGAUCCCGCUGGUGUUCUCCCAGAUAUUCUGAAGGAGUGCGGAUUUGUGGACGUGACAGUCGAGACGCGUACCGCGCCAGUAAACAGGAAAAGCGGUGCGAUGGGUGCAUUGCAUCUAUAUAGUAUUAGUCAGGCGUACAGGGCGAUGGGGGAGGCCAUCAUACGUGCUGGAGGGUACGGGGUUGUUAGCAGUGUGCGGGAGUUUACGGAUCUUGUCGUUGCAGCUCGGGAGGAGUGGGCCGAAAACGAAGCUGCCUCUGCAACAUUUGUGAUGAUUUAUGCGAGGAAGCCUCAGUGA